AUGGCUAGUACUGGAAAUAAACAUGAACCAUCACUGUAUAUAAGGACAUGCUGUAAGAGCAGUAACUUAGGACAGGCUUUUUCUAUCAAAGAAACUGGUAUACCACAUUAUAUUUUCUGUCCUAAUGAAUACCUAAAGUCUUGUCCAAAAGAUGAUUGUAAGAGCCUGUUUGAGGAUGGUAUUACUACAAGUGGUGUUUAUACUGUUAAUCCUGAUGGAGGGACUCCAUUUGAAGUAUACUGUGAUAUGGAGACUGAUGGUGGUGGAUGGACUGUAUUUCAGAGGAGACAAGAUGGAUCUGUUGAUUUCUAUAGAUACUGGACUGACUAUGAGAAUGGAUUUGGUAACCUUACUGGUGAGUUUUGGUUAGGAUUGAGCAAGAUUCAUCGUCUUACUAAAGAAGGAUCAAACACACUAAGAGUGGACCUGGAAGACUUUGAGAGGAACACAGCUUAUGCUAACUACUCUACAUUUAAUGUUAGUGAUGGUAGUACUGAAUAUAUACUAACAGUAGGAGGAUACUGUGGUACUGCUGGAGAUAGUCUGACCUAUCAUAAUGGAAGUAGAUUCACUACAAGAGAUAAUGAUAAUGAUAACUAUGGAGGUAAUUGUGCUCAGUUCUGCACUGGUGCCUGGUGGUACAAUGAAUGCCAAAAUUCAAAUCUUAAUGGUUAUUAUUUUAAUACUCCAGUGAAUAGUUUUAAAGGAGUCCGAUGGUAUUAUAAUUUGAGCGGCACCAGUCUCAAGUUCACAGAGAUGAAAACUCGUCCUGCUAUUGAAGCAUCAUGA